AUGAAGUUCCUCGCCGGCCUUUCCUGCUUCGCCGCUCUCGCGAGCGCCGUUGUUGUCGAUCUCAGCAAGCGCGACAGCCCCCUCGAUGUCAAGAUCGAGGCCGUCGGCAACUCUGGUGUCAAGGCCAGCAUCACUAACACGGGUGCCUCGGACCUCAAGGUCCUGAAGGCCGGUUCCAUCCUCGACAAGCUCGCCGUCGAGAAGGCCGAGGUCUUUGCCGGAGCCGAGCAGAUCGCCUUUGACGGUGUCCGCCUCCGUCUCGCCACCUCGGGCAUCGCCGAGGACGCUUUUGAGAUCAUCCCCGCCGGCAAGACCGUCGAGGUCGAGUGGGACGUGGCCGAGGUCCACGACCUGAGCGCCGGCGGCAAGUUCGACGUCGCGGCCAAGGGAUCCUUCUCCUUCGCCGACGCCGACAGCACCGACAUCGCCGGCACCGCCAGCUUCAGCUCCAACGUCCUCAGCGUCGACGUCGACGGCGCCGCCGCCGCCAAGGUCCGCCGCGACUUCCACGAGAACGUCAAGCGCACCGUCGUCCAGAGCGACUGCACCGGCACCCAGCGCACCGCCACCACCACCGCCCUGUCCAACUGCCGCGCCCUCGCCGCCGCCGCCUCCUCCGCCGCCGUCUCCGGCCCGGCCGCCAAGAUGACCGAGUACUUCAAGUCCUCCACCACCGCCACCCGCAACACCGUCGCCGCCGUCUUCGCCCGUGUCGCCAGCGAGUGUGGCAGCACCACCUCGGGCGUCUCCCGCCAGUACUGCACCGACAUCUACCCCGCCUGCUCCUCCGGUGUCAUCGCCUACACCCUCCCCAGCCAGAGCUACAUGGUCAACUGCCCUUACUUCUUCAACAACAUGGUCGCCCUCUCCAGCACCUGCCACGCCCAGGACAGGGCCACGACCGCGCUUCACGAGGUCACCCACCUCACUCAGAUCAAGGGAACCACCGACCAGAGCUCUUGCUACGGCUACAGCUGUGUUCGAAGCCUGACUGCGGCUCAGAACCUGAACCACGCCGACACGUACUCUCUUUUCGCCAACGCCAUCUACGUUGGCUGCUAA